AAAAAUUAUUUUUAUAAAACUAAACUUUUAAUAAGAUAAAAUGAAGAUGGAUCAAAAAGAUAAGGAAUCUAAUAGGUCUUUUUUAAAUUCUUAUGAAGAAGCUCAUUUUUUUAAUGAUUUUUGCUGCAUUGAUUAUCUCAUUUUUAAAGGGUUAUCUUAUGGAAAAAAAGAAAAGAAUCAGGAAAAUCACAAUUAUCUUUUAUCUUUUAAAAAAUUAAAUUCAUUAGAAAAUAAAACAUGUAUAAAAAAAUGUACAAAUAGUUCUUAUAAAAAUGAAAUUGAACUAAAUAUAAAUCCAAGGGAAGUUCAAGAAAGAUUUAAUAGAUGUUUAUAUUUUCGAGAAUAUUAUACAUUAUAUAAAGAGGCUCAAAAUCUAUAUGAAGAUAGGACAAUUUGUGAGAGCAAUUUAAAGUCAAUGAAAAAUUUAAAAAAUACAUGUUCUUCUUUAUAUAAAUGUCUUAUACUUCGCAAUCAGUACAUUAAAUUUUCACUUCAACGUCAUAUUGAUAACCCAAGACAUGAAAAAGUAUGGAACAUAUAUCCAAAAGAUAAUGAAAAAUUUGAGAUUGAGAAAUGUGUAAUUCCAGGUAAAGAUAAUCAAAUAAAAUAUAGAUAUGAAAGUUCAGGAAUUUUUCAAACAUAUUCAUCCCAAAAUGAUAUGGAUAUUGGUAAUCCAGUAUUAACUGUUCCAACAAUAUGCGAAUUCUACGAAAAUCUUAAAGAAAUUUACAUUGUAAUAAAUGAUGAAUCAAUCAAGAAAUUUGCUUCUGAAAGACUAAAAAAUUUAGAAGAUGAAUGGGAAAAAUAUAUAAUAUCUCAUGAAAAAGACGAAAUCAUAAGAAUUAAACAAAUUCCCCAUAGAGACUUUUAUAAUAUUAGAAAAGUUGAUACGCAUAUUCAUCACGAUGCAACUGCUACUCAAAAACAUUUGUUGGAAUUUAUAAAAAGAAAACUGGAAAAUUCUCCAAAUGAUAUUGUGUUAUAUCAAGAUGGAAAAUAUCAUACAUUAAAAGAUGUAUUUGAUUCUUUAAAUUUAACUGCAUAUGAUCUUACAAUUGAUAUUCUUGAUAUGCAUGCUUAUAAAGAUACGUUUCAGCAUUUUGAAGUAUUUAAUUCAAAAUUUAAUCCAUUUGGAAGACCCAUAUUUAAAACUAUUUUCUUAAGUACAGAUAAUUAUAUGAAAGGAAAAUAUUUUGCGGAGCUUACACGCGAGCUUAUUAACAAAUUGGAAGCUGAUAAAUAUAAAAUGGCAGAAUAUAGACUUACUAUUUUUGGAAUAUCAUUAGAUGAAUGGGAUAAGUUAGCAGAAUGGGUUAUUGAUAACAAUUUAUUUUCACCAAAUGUUCGCUGGAUAAUACAAGUUCCUCGAAUUUAUAAUGUUUUUAAAAAGAUUGGGACUCUCAACAACAUGGAGGAACAUAUAAAAAAUUUUUUUCAGCCACUUUUUGAAAUAACCCUUGAUCCAUCUAAAAAUCCUAAGCUUCAUAUUUUUUUACAAAGAGUUGUUGGUUUUGAUUCUGUAGAUGAUGAAUCAAAGCCAGAAAUUGAACUAGAUUCUGAAUUUUUAACUCCAUCUUGGGAUUAUUUGGAAAAUCCACCAUAUUUUUAUUGGCAUUAUUAUAUAUAUAUGAAUACGGCAAUUCUUAAUCAUUGGAGAAGAGAAAGAGGAUUCAAUACUUUCCUAUUUAGGCCACAUUCUGGAGAAGCAGGAGAUAUUAACCAUCUUGCAUGUUCAUUUUUAACAAGUUAUUCUAUUAAUCAUGGAAUUUUGCUAGAAAAAAAUUAUGCAAUACAAUAUUUAUAUUAUUUAGCUCAAAUUGGAAUUUCUAUGUCUCCAAUAUCGAAUAAUUUAUUAUUUUUAAGGUUUCAUGAAAACCCAUUUCCACUUUUUUUUAAAAGAGGAUUAAAUGUAACGCUUUCUACAGAUGAUCCCGUUCAAUUUCAUUUUACAGAGGAUCCACUUCUUGAAGAAUAUGCUAUUGCUACUCAGAUUUGGAAUUUAUCUGCUGUAGACAUGUGUGAACUUGCACGCACUUCUGUUCUUCAGAGUGGUUUUGAAUAUAAACUUAAGAUAAAAUGGUUUGGAGAUGAAUUUCAGGAUGAAAAGAAGACAAAUAUACCGAAAAUUCGUUUAGAUUUUAGGAAAAAGACAUUUUUUUAUGAGUUAUUUAUGUUAAUUCAAUAUAUUACUUUUGAUUCAGAAAAUUAGCUAUUUUUAAUAUAAGAAUCUUUCA